AUGGCUGCUCCCGCCGACAUCACCAUCAAGAACCUCAACGGAGAAUGGACUCUGGACAAAUCCGUCUCCAAUGACGCUGACCCGGUCCUGGCUCUGCAAGGAAUGAGCUGGCUCACCCGCAAAGCCAUUGGUCUCGCAACUCUCACCCUCAAGGUCCACCAAUAUCCCGACUCCGCAAACCCCACCGUCAUCAACAUCGACAUCGACCAAAUAGCCACCGGUGGUAUCAAGGGCACCAGCGAGAAGCGUAUCACCGACUGGACCGCUCGUCCUCAUAACGACCACAUCUUCGGUAACGUUGAGGGCCAGUCUCGCGUUGUCCGGGGCGCUAAGGGCGCAGACGGCAAGGUGCGGCCGAACCUGGAGGUCAGCACCAAGGUUGGCAACGACGCGGAUGAUGCCAAUGUGGGGCGCUUCUUGAGGGGUGAGAUCCUGGCGGAUGGAUCGGAGACUGAGGGCUUCCUGGUAGAAACUCUGGGUGAAGAAUACGGUGAUGGCGAAGGUCUCUAUAUCCAGAACUUCGUCGUGAACAAGGACGCUGGGUAUGGCUGGACUGCAGAGCAGGUUUGGGGAUUUGAAAUUGUCCAAGGCGAACGUCGUUACACGCGCCGUAUCGUGGUGGCCAAGGAUGGCAAAUACCAGAUGAUCCGCUUCGUGUACUCCUUCCUCAAGCACCGGGAUGUCUAA